AUGAAUAAGGCCCCACUCGUCGACCUGGCCAAGGACCUCAAACUUGACCCCGAUGGGACAGUCCCUCAACUUCGGGCUCGUCUCAAGUCAUACCUCGACGCCAAUCAGGACAAACUCCAGCUCGAUCCUCGAUACCAGGGUCUCUAUGCUCAUGGCCCAUCCAAGUCCAAGGCGGCAGUCAAAACCAGCACUGACAAGCAAGCUGAAGACGCCGCAGCGGCGGCAACUGGCGACAUAGGGGUUGGCCCCGGAAAAUCGAACGCCCAAACCAAGCUGUUGAAUCAGGGCUUUACCACAGAUCCCGCUCCUCAAUUUACGCCAUUGAACAGCGGAAAUAAGAAGCCUGCUGCUUUGGCUGUGGAAGAGGAGGAGGAGGGCGAAGAAGAGGACAAUUCCAACGGCAUAGAAGGCAACUCGAGCCCCGCUCCCCCUGAUUUCCCUGCUCAACCAGCCAACACCGGUGUGGGCAAGAAGGACACGGGCGACAAGGCUGAAACGCCCGAGGGUUCAAAGAUCCUAUCCGAAUUGCUUGUCAUUCUUCGACCCACUCAACCCGCCAGCGGAUCCGGAAUAGCAAGGGAAAUCCUCCUCGAAGACAUCACCAUCUACGUGUGGAAAAGUGAUACGGGCGAGGAGUCCUAUUACAUUUUCCUGACCGAGGUGUUUGCAGCGCUCUUCAAGAUGCCUGACCAGGCGAUUGGGACCCCGAUAAAGGACCCCAAUGGGCGUAUUUUCCGUGCUGGCCUCAGCGGUAACUCUGCUGCCCGCUACAAGAUUGGCUCAAUUGACGAGAUCCGCACGGCACCAGGAGGUAUCCCCGGCACUCUCGCACAACGGGCCUCCAACAAAUACAACGUUAUCAAGACCCCCGACGGCACUUACUCGUGCGAGCUCUACUCGGAAGCUCUCGACCACCCACCACCAGCCAUCCCUCUCUACGAAGCACGCCAGCGAUACGAAGCACGACGCAAUGCCCGACUUGAUAGCAAACCCACGCAGAAGGUCGAGAAGGAGAGGAUCAUGGUCAACGACGAUGAUCCUCUCUUUUCUGCGUUUAUUCGAGAGCGGUUCAAUGUCGAUUACGUCGCGACAAAGGCCAUGACAGCAAAGGACGCACUGGAGCGCACCAAGGCUGCCCAGAGGCUCAUCGAGGCCCUUAACGAGACCGGUUGGAAGGACAGUCAGGGGAGGUUUAAUGUACCUGACACAGAAGCGAACGAGUAUAUGAGAGGCAAGAGCUUCCUCCAGCGGACGGCACUCGAGGCUAUUUCUAUCAAGCACAGCAUCCACGGCAGCGACCAGAAGUUAUUUAGCCUCGGGAACAUCAACAGAGCGGUGGAUGCGAAGGCUUGGGUUCAGGGUGCGAAAACGCGAUACCAGGCUGUGUUUGACCAGAUCUCGAAGGCUGAUUUCGAGUUCUAUGUCAACUUCGUGAAUGGGAGGUGCAACUCGGACAAGGUUACCUCUAAGUGGAAGGUCUUGAAGCAAUUCAGAACUGUGGACGAGGAGUACGAGGACGACGGUUUGCGAUUGGACACUCCGUCUAUUGACAAACUCGACAAGAAGUACUACAGUGAUCGGUCUUUUCUUCCAAAGGCCCGGAAGCGUCGUGCGGAGGAUUUUCAGGAAAGUAGCGAAGGUGAGCUUAGUGAUAGGCUGAGGGGAAAGGGGAAAGGAAAGCGACGAGCUGUUGAUAGCGACGAUCUCGAUAAUUAG